AUGCGAAGAUCUUUCACCUACUUUGGGUUAGUAGCAUCAGCUUUGCUACUGUUGAUUUUCAUAUGGUCAGUAUAUAUUAGUCCACCCACAUUGCCUUAUGAAGAACAGAUAGGCUUAAUUGAAGAAGAAUUAAAAUACAUUACAGAUGAUCCGUUAGUCACUCAUAUGGUAACAUUUGAAAUAACACAUAAAGAAAAAGUACUAGGUAUAAUCAAAAUGGCAUUAUUUGGAACUACUGUACCUAUUACAGUAGAAAACUUUAUUGGUCUAGCUACGAAUUCCAAAGGGUUUGGAUAUCAAGAUUGUAAGAUUCACCAGAUUAUUGAAAAUUUUGUAAUUCAGACAGGAGAUUUUGAAAAGGGUAAUGGUUCAGGGGGUAAUUCAUUCUUUUAUGACGAUAAUGAUACUACUAAUACUAAUAAUAAUAAUAAUAAUAAUAAUAAUAAUAAUAAUAAUAAUAAUAAUAAUAAUAAUAAUAAUAAUAAUAAAUACUUUAGGGCCGAGAAUUAUUCUAUAAGUCAUAGUAAAAAGGGUCGAGUAUCAAUGGCAUCUCAAGGGAAGGAUAAAAUUGGUUCACAAUUCUUUAUUACACUAUUACACGAUUCUACCCAUCUUGAUGGGAAGCACGUUGUGUUUGGUCAAGUAAUUGCAGGAUUUGAUACACUACAUGAAUUGGAUAUUAUUCCAUUAGACAAGAAAAACAGACCUAUCGAUAAAACCUAUAUAAGUGAUAUAAAAGUAAUGAAAUUACGUAUACCUAUUGGACGGCUGAGUUCAAAUGGGAAUCACCACCUGAGUAUAUAG